CACAGCUCCCUGGAUUAAUAACCACCAUGAACCUUAUUAUGAAAGUGAGGUCUUCUCGGAGCUAGGGGCUUCUUUGGAAUUAAAUGUGAGUUUCGUAAUUUACUCCAGGCUUGACCAACUAACAAAUAUUCCUAAUGUAGCUAUUUGGGGGCGUCUUGACUCCGAUGGUGCGAGAAUUUCCCCGCGUAAACAUCCCGCGCCUAGGAAUAUUUUUAACGUCCUUCCCUAGUAAGGAAUUCAAACUCCCGAAGGCAUCGGCUUUGGACAUGUAUAUUGGUGGCCUUGAUAAUUUGCCAGACCAUGCGACCUACAUCCCUAUUAUCUCGAAAUAUUUUGAGCAUAUACAGCAGGAUUCGUUCUGGGAUUGUGCGGUGGGGGGCUGGGGAUUGGAUAUUGUCAGACCAUACCAGCAUUAUGGAUUUGCGCAUACCUCUUCGAUAUACUCGUUUGGGGGCCAGAUUUACUGUGCAACCCCUGGCCUAGCCGACUCUGUCUGGAGGGAUAGCAUUGAAAGGGUAAAUAAAGACGUGACUAUGCUCAUGAAAAUGAACAAGGAAGAGCUUGAGGCUUACACACUAGCUAAGCAGCUCGAUGCAGAAGCUAAUCGGCGGUCAGAACAAGCAAGAUUCCGAACAGAACGGUCGAAACUUGCACAAUCGAUAAUAAAAGCUCUGUCAGACGUCGAAGAGACGUGGCGAACGGGUAAUACAGACUUCGAGGUACAAAAGGAAAAAGAGCUCCUCAGUCUGUUAUCAAAGGAAGCCGAAGAACAGACCAAGGAAGUGCUCGAAUUCGUGAAGGUCAAUGGAGUUCAUGAUCCAAAAUAUACGGAGCACAAAGCGUUUCUCAGAAGAAUGAAUCGGCACCUGCGCACAAUGCUGUUAAAAUUUAGAACGUUUGCAAAGGAGGACAAAGAACAGCCAUUUCAAAAACUUGUCGAGAGAAUGACGGCGGUCCUCGAAGCAUGUUCCGUGGUUCUGCAAGGGGGCUUGAAUGGAGUCAUGCCGGCAAAUAUCGAGGAGUUCAUUCAAAACCCUACGAACGAUGCACAGAUAUCCGCGGCAUCCUCGCUGAACGACCAUGAGGAUGUUGAGAUGCAGGAGGCGGAGAUAAAUGUGUCAAUGGAGCAGGCAAAGACUGCAGUUGAAACAAAUGACCAGAAGCUUUGCUCCAGCAUUGGGGCAACUCUGCUCCACAGCCUGAGUCUGAAUACCUUGAGUCUAGCGAUUGCUUGCAUCCUUCUGGCUCAUGUCCAAACCGAUAUACGAAGGGCUUCAUACGCCGAGAAUGGCGCCUCGCUCCUCGAAAAGUUGAAGGGAAGGACGUAUGAUCGAAAUACUCUUGCAUUUUGGGGGGAUAUUGUGAAUACGGUACGUGCUAGCAUCAAAAACGAGGCAGUUCUGGCACCUUGCGGAAGGUAGAGGAACAAAUCGACAACCUUGGCACCUGUCAGUGCUGUCAGCUCCUGUAUUUAUAGAUAUAGGAUUAAGAGUUUUGUACAGCAUUUGGUAUAGAGAGAGAAGAGCUAUUGUAGUAGAUACCUACCUACCUAAGGUAGGUCGGUAGGUAGGUAAGGUAAGGUUAGGUAAGGUAGGUA